UAUCUUGAUGACGCUAGACCCCAUCCCGGUCUCGCACUCAAACUGCUGCCCGGUUCAUCCGCUAACGCGCGUCUGUCAGCGCAGUCACUGCUCGCUUUUAAGACCAACACAUGAGACGAGUCUUUUACCGACAGAAUGUCGCGGGAUGUCAAGUUUUUCCGAUAGUUUACAAACUCAUGUUUUCUGCAUUGUUUCACCCGUGGUCUAAGACUGGCAUCAAGUUCAGGGUUGGUAACAGGUGUCUGGAGAGGAGCCUGGCUGUCUGGACAACAUGGAGCUGCUACAGCAGGGGAGGACAGGAGAGACAGUCAUCAGUCAGGACAGGGUCAAGGGACAGGAGGUGGCCAAGUGUCCCCUGGACCUGCCAGAGUACCAGACCACACAGCCACAACCACAGCCACUACCCAAUGUUUUUACCCAACAGCCACUGUCUAAUGGGACAGCAGGGGAACACACAGCAGAGCUCCCAGGGCCUUCUGUAAGGUCUGCCAGAGCUGAUGGUGAAGAUAGUGAUGAUUCUAUGACAGAUCACAACACAACUGACGACGCCUCACAUCUCCUACCAAACAGUAUACCAUCAAACCCACACCAUCUACCGAGAGUAGAGCUUCCCAGCGGGGUCCCCGUGUCGUCCAGUCCGAAAACUUCCCCCAAGACCCUGAUCAACGGAGCCUCCCCCUCCCCCGUCUGUACCCCUCCGUCUGCCUCUCUUAACCAGAGAGGAUGGAGCCCUCCUCAGUCCCCUCAGUCCCCAGCCUGUGACAGACACCAUGGGCACCCUAUUAAAAAACAACACCUGCCGUCCACCACAAGGAGCCAGAACUCAUUGAAAGCUGACGCCACUCAGAUAAAGGAAAUAGCUGGAGAUGCAGAGCUCCCAGGGCCCUCUGUAAGGUCUGCCAGAGCUGAUGGUGAAGAUAGUGAUGAUUCUAUGACAGAUCACAACACAACUGACGACGCCUCACAUCUCCUACCAAACAGUAUACCAUCAAACCCACACCAUCUACCGAGAGUAGAGCUUCCCAGCGGGGUCCCCGUGUCGUCCAGUCCGAAAACUUCCCCCAAGACCCUGAUCAACGGAGCCUCCCCCUCCCCCGUCUGUACCCCUCCGUCUGCCUCUCUUAACCAGAGAGGAUGGAGCCCUCCUCAGUCCCCUCAGUCCCCAGCCUGUGACAGACACCAUGGGCACCCUAUUAAAAAACAACACCUGCCGUCCACCACAAGGAGCCAGAACUCAUUGAAAGCUGACGCCACUCAGAUAAAGGAAAUAGCUGGAGAUGACUGCUGUGUACACUGUGUCCUGGCCUGUCUGUUCUGUGAGGUGCUGUCCCUGUGCUCAGUGCUGGCCCAGUGUCUGGCGUGCGGAGAAGGCUGUGAGGUGCUGUGUUGCUGUGGGGAGGGGGCUGCCGGCGGGUUGGCCUGUGGGGAGGACGCCUGCUCUGCCCUGUUGGAUUGCGGGAUACUAGAGGACUGCUGCGAGUCUUCAGACUGUCUGGAGGUCUGUCUGGAGUGUUGUUCUAUCUGCUUCCCUGUGUAGAAGAAGAAGAAGAGGAAGAGGAAGAAGAUUGAAACAUUUGACAGAAAGACAGGUGGAGUGUUGUUCUAUCUGCUUCCCUGUGUAGAAGAAGAAGAAUGGAGGAAGAGGAAGAAGAUUGAAACAUUUGACAGAAAGACAGGUGAAGUGGAUCUGUGUUCGGCCUCCUAAACGGACUGAGCUGUAAUAGACGGGACAAAUGACCCCAACCACCAUGUUGAACGCUUUUCA